GGGGAAGGCGCCUGGAAAACGUUCUUCCUCUGCCUGGCCGGCCCGAGCGGGGAACAGCGCUCCCAGGAUGCAGUUUGUGUCAACACGGCCGCAGCCUCAGCAGCUGGGCAUCCAGGGCCUGGGGCUGGACAGCGGGAGCUGGAGCUGGGCCCAAGCGCUGCCCCCAGACGAGGUCUGUCACCAGGAGCCGGCGCUGCGCGCGGAGAUGGCCGAGGGGAUGCCGCCCAUGCAGGCUCAAGAAUGGGACAUGGAUGCCCGGCGACCGAUGCCUUUUCAGUUCCCACCCUUCCCCGACCGGGCCCCUGUCUUCCCUGACCGGAUGAUGCGGGAGCCGCAGUUGCCCACGGCAGAGAUCUCGCUGUGGACGGUGGUGGCCGCCAUUCAGGCCGUGGAGCGAAAGGUGGAUGCCCAGGCCAGCCAGCUGCUCAAUCUAGAGGGCCGGACAGGGACGAAUGAGAAAAAGAUCGCCGACUGCGAGAAGACGGCCGUGGAAUUCGGCAACCACAUGGAGAGCAAGUGGGCCGUGCUGGGCACGCUGCUGCAGGAGUACGGGCUGCUGCAGCGGCGGCUGGAGAACCUGGAGAACCUGCUGCGCAACCGCAACUUCUGGGUGCUGCGGCUGCCCCCGGGCAGCAAGGGCGAGGCCCCCAAGGUUCCGGUGACUUUUGUGGACAUUGCCGUCUACUUCUCUGAGGACGAGUGGAAGAACCUGGAUGAAUGGCAGAAGGAGCUUUACAACAACCUUGUAAAGGAGAACUACAAAACCCUGAUGUCCCUGGAUGCAGAGGGCCCUGUGGCCAAGCCAGAUGCGCCAGCCCCGGUGGAGCCCAGGGAAGAGCCUUGCGUGUGGGAGCAGCGUCACCCUGAAGAGAGACAGGUCCCAGUGAACACAGACACAGGAGCGGAGCCCCUGGCACCUGCCCAAGAUGCCGCCUCCCAGGUGAAGCGAGAGGAAGUCCUGUGUACCCGGGGUCAGAGGGGCCUGGAGGACCGAGCCCUUCCCACGGAAUCCAUCACUGUAGACUCCCCCAUCUCUGCCCAGGACCUCCUGUCCCGGAUUAAGCAGGAGGAGCCACAGUGUGUGUGGGACCAGCAGGACUUGGCAGAGCGAGACAUUCCCACGGACCCCAAUUCAGAGUCUCUCCUCUCGGCACAUGACAUUUUGUCCUGGAUCAAGCAGGAGGAGCAGCCGUACCCGUGGGGCCCACGCGACUCAGUGGAGGGAGAGCUGGGCCUGGACUCCGGCCCCAGUGACAGCCUGAUGCUGGUGAAGAACCCGGCCCCAGCCCAGCCACAGCCCCAGCCGCAGCCGCACUCACAGAAUCUGCCCAUGCUGGCGGGGCCCGAGACCCCCAGUGGCCCCGCAGGCCGCGUGCUGCUGGACGACAGCUUCGGGGUGCUGCCUGGGGAGCGCGGCGCGGGCGAGGCACAGGCGGGCGUAGAGGGUGGCGCGGACGGCAGCGGCCCCAGCGGGGGUCCUGGGGCUGGUGGCGGCUGCGGCAGCUGCUGCCCAGGUGGCCUGCGGCGGAGCCUCCUGGCGCAUGGUGGCAGCGCGCGCAGCAAGCCCUAUUCAUGCCCGGAGUGCGGCAAGAGCUUCGGGGUGCGCAAGAGCCUCAUCAUCCAUCACCGCAGCCAUACCAAGGAGCGGCCCUAUGAGUGCGCCGAGUGCGAGAAGAGCUUCAACUGCCACUCGGGGCUCAUCCGCCACCAGAUGACGCACCGCGGCGAGCGGCCCUACAAGUGCUCGGAGUGCGAGAAGACCUACAGCCGCAAGGAGCACCUUCAGAACCAUCAGCGGCUGCACACGGGCGAGCGGCCUUUCCAGUGCGCGCUGUGCGGCAAGAGCUUCAUCCGCAAGCAGAACCUACUCAAGCACCAGCGCAUCCACACGGGCGAGCGGCCCUACACGUGCGGCGAGUGCGGCAAGAGCUUCCGCUACAAGGAGUCGCUCAAGGACCAUCUGCGCGUGCAUGGUGCGGGCCCGGGUCUCGGUGCGCCCCCGCGGCCGCUGCGGGCUCCGCCGGAGCGGGACUAGGGCUGGGCGGGGCGGCGAGGGCCCCAGGCGCCUCCCCGCCCUCUGCCCGCCGCCACCCGCUGGGAUUGCACUCCAGACAGGGUCCCCAAGGAAGGCUGGGCGCAGAUAUCCCAGACCUGCCCAGCCUGAACGCACAGCCCAGCGCAUCUGUUAGAUGCGAGCGCCAGAGGGACAGCGGGGGCGGGGCUGCAGAUGUGCUGGGGGAGGGAAGCAACCGGGAGUGUUGACACCCGCCUAAAAUAAGCAAGUCUGACCCCAAGGGCGAACAGGGGGCGCCCUGGAGAGGGGAGUGAAGGUGCAAUGAAUGGGGUGCACGAGGGUCUUGUCCUUGCCAGGAUGACACUGCCUCGCGCUUCAGUGGCGCUUUAUACUUUUUAAGAAGUGUUUUCUGUCCGUUAUCAGUUUUCACCCUUAGCCUAUCCCUCUGAGAGAGGUGUGGAAGGGUUUUCCUGCCGUGGUAACUGAGGAGAGAGACGCAGGGAGGCUGGGUUCCCACCACCGCCCCAGAAGGGCGUAGUGAGGUCCCCGCGGCACACACUGCCUACCUCCGUCCUCCGGGGACUGGCCUUCCUGGUCUCGCUCCUCUCUCUUGCCAUCAUCCCUCAACCACAAGUCUCUCAAAUCAGAACAUCAGGGGCCAAUUCCUGGGCUUGCUGCGAACAGGGAACAGACUGGCUACGGAAGUGCCCAGGCAGGUGCCUGGGUAGUAGUGCCCUGUCCUCAGGCCUGCCCUCCACCUCCUGGCCCCUCAACCUGGUGCAGGGCAGCUUUUCACUGCACAACGGGGCUCUGCCCUCCAGAGGCAGCGGUGCUCGGGGUCCAAAGAGCCAUCAAGGAAUUAGUCUGCCCUGGAGAGCCGGGCAGGUGGGUGCUAGAGUCUGAGCCCCAGUCUCUGUCCUGCUCUGACUCUCCCACUUGGUGCUAUCUGUUCACGAUGUGUGGACAUGGACACAGACCCCACAAUCUUCUGCCCCCGCAGGCGCCUUGGGAAGCGCCCAAAGGACUCCCUUUCUUGUUGGUGCACUGCUCUGUGGCUGGCAUUGCGGCCCCAGGGGCCACACAGUUUCCAUUUCAGCGUCUUGCAUGGCCAGGCUCUGGGGUGGGGUGGCAUGCCCCAGGCCCCUUGUUUGUGUCAAAAAUGGCUUUUCCUGCUCUUCCCAUGGAUUCUGCUUCUCUCCCAGCUCAGGAGUGCAGCAGGUGGCCAGCCCACGUGGCAGUGUCUGUGGUUGCACCGUGACUGGUGGCACCACAUCUGAGUGUCCUGCUUCUGCCCUCGUGCUCAUCAGCGCUGCUCCUCUUUGCUCAGACCCCCCCUUUUUUUUUUUGCCGUGCAAAGGGAAUUCCUGAAAUUAAAUAAAGGGUAAUCCAGAUUACAGACUGCAUGUUCACCGAGCUGGAGGGUUUCCAGCGUGGCACCCUACAGUAAAGCCUCAAUGAACUGGACUCCCGUCCACUGGAAUGUUAUUUCUUCACUGUGGAAAACAAGGCAAGAGGAGAGAUGGAACAUAGUCAUGGUUCCGUGGAGUGCU